GAGGAGGCCAGACAGGCUCUUUCUCCCCCUUUAGGCCGCCUCCGAGUCGUGUGUGCUUCUGCUUAGCGGAACAAACAAUGCAGUUUGUGGGAUCUUUGUCGGCGUGCUUGCUGUCACUCAUUGUCGGUGGCUGUGAGGCCUUUGCAGCCACGCAGGUACUUAGGCACACUCCGCCUGCACUGCAUUAAUUCACUUCCGUAGCCAGUCACUGCACGUGAGCCCAUCUUGUGUGAUGGUCUCUCUCGUCAGGUGCCGGUGCUGGCCUCCCCAUCUGUCACCGCUGCAACGCCCAAGAAGAAACCGGUGUGUGCCAAUCACUGCCAUCCCACGCAUCACACACACAUAUUUAUUUGCUGCCAUCCCAUCUGUAUUGCUUGUCUGCUUUGCCCUGCACGUACGUAUGUGUUCAUUUAGACAAUUCUGGUGACAGGCGCUACGGGGCGGACAGGCAAGGAGGUCGUGGCCAACCUCAUCAAAAGAUACAGACAGGUACACACACGAGGCAAGGCGAGGCAGCCGAUCCAUGCAGUGCAGGUGGGCUGUCUGUCUGUCUGUCUGUGUUCAUUUCAUUCGUUUGUCCCACACACGCACACGUAGGAUGAGGUGACUGUUCGUGUGGGUGCGCGAGAUGUCAAGAAGGCCGAGCAGAUGUUUUCUGACGUCAGCGACCGGGUGGAGAUCGUUCAGUGUGACCUGUUGAAUGAAGGCAGCAUCAACAAGGCGACCAGCGGUGUGGAUAAAGUUGUCUGGGCGGCGACGGGAUUCUCUCAACAGCAGUCUCUGCUGGACCGUGUGUUCUCCCUCAUUCGCUUCGCAACGAGCCCGAAAACUACCGUCGAGGUGAGCAGAGCAGACAGCGAGGGCACCAUCACACGUAGCGUUGCCGCUGUUGUAUGUAUGUAUGUAUGUAUGUUUGUGUGUGCAUGUGAUGUGCAGGUGGAAGGGAUCCAGAAGCUUGUGCAAGCGCUCAAGCAGCAGAGGGACGGCCGCAAGGAGCAAGAUGACGGUACGGUAUGAGUGUACCCUGUUCGUUCGAACAGACAGACACCUGCCGGCCCACACAGCCAGCCACUUGUGUGUUUUUCUGUGUGUGCUGGCCUGGUUGGCUCGGCUCGGCUCGUUUCAGGUCUGCCUGCUUUUGUCAUGAUGUCGUCAGCAGCCCUCACUCGGCCCUUCUGGGAUGAAGCUGAGAAGGAGAAGUUCGUGGAAGUGACCGACAUUCCUAUCGUCAAGCUCAAUCCAUUCAACAUCCUGGGUGAGGGAGGCCAGUGAUGCCUCUAUGUGUGUGUAUAUAUGUCGCUGGCUGUUUGGCAGGGACGAAGCUCGAGGGUGAGAACGUCUUGCGGAAGAGCGGGGUGCCCUACUGCAUUGUACGGCCAUGUGGCUUAAACGAUGCCCAUAAGCGGGGCCGGCCGGUCCUCGUGCAAGGUGAGGGGGAACAGCACACAGCCAAGCACACACACACCAUUUAAUUACUUACAUGAGUGUCUGCAGGUGACGUGGCGAUCGGGCGCAUCAACAGGUAUACAUACGCACACACACAUUUCCUGUGUGAAGAAACUGUCUUCCAUGAAUACAUACAUCGGUUCCUUCACCGCAGGAAGGAUGCGGCGGAGGUUGUGUGUUCGGUGUUGGAGUGCCCGGAGGCUACCGGCAAGACAUUCGAAGUCUUCACAAUCCCCUUGUACAAGAAGAGCCCUCAGGUCAUCAUAUAUGUGAACAGACAGACAGGACCCACCUCACCUCCACGGGCACAUAUCUGUGUGUGUUCAGACCUUCAAGAAGACGCUAGAGGGACUGAAAAGGGACUCACCCGACUGGCAAGAUGAUGUGGGAAGCAAGGUGAGUGGCCAACCAGGCCGCUCGCACACGCCAGAAACUUGUACGCAAAUGCAUGCACGCCCUCCUUUGCCUGUCUGCCUGAGGAAUGCAGGUUGUGAGUGACGAGCUUUAUGAGUUUCUUCGCCAGCUCCAGCCCAACCCACAACCGAGAAACGUCGACCAGGGGAGCCUCAGGCAAAGUACGUCCUUCUCGCAGAUCUUCCAUCUCUGCUCUGCCGCAUACCCUGUGUGUGUGUGUGUGUGUGUGUGGGUUCCGUGCAGGCGAUGAGGAGCCAGAGGAAGACGAGGGUGUGAAGGCCGAUGCGGUGCAGCAGAAGGAGCGAGUAGAGAGGCAGGAUCGCAUAGUAGCCGCCGUCAGAUGACGUGAGACUAGACCAAUCAGUGACUUUGUGAUCGCAUGCAUAACGUGCAGCCCUCGAUUGACGCUUGUACUCAACACCCAACGGUCACAACACCAUUGGCACAUUCUCACUUGCAACUCAAGCC